CCCUUCCACCUAGCACAUCUGUGAGAGGCAGCGGAGCACAGUCGUCGGACUCAGAUUCGACUCCUAUUUUUUGAUUUCCAGUAAUUUCCAAAGACUGCUGGAGGAAAAGACUCGAAGUCUCUUCUGCGAUUUUCCUGGGCAAGGGACUUCAUCGUAAAAACCAACAAACAAAAACCCGAGGCGCAGAUCCUAACGGUUUGCAAGUUUCCGGAAGGAAGGAUGAUUCUAACUGAAGAUUGUCUAACUUUCUGACCCUUUAGGAAACGUCCAGGUUUUACGAAACGCAUCCCCGUGGACUUCCCAGACUAGAGGACUCGCCUCACAGAAAGCUCAGUACCAGGGGUUCAGGGGACCAAGGGGACGACCUCGGAUACAACCGCGACCACGCAUGGUGCUUGGAGCCGAAGGCUCGCCCAUUCCUCCAUUGCGCCAACAGGAGGCGCAAUAGGGCGGUGGGAGACUGUGCAUGCGCAGUUGGCGGACAUUUCCGCACACAACGCUCGCAGCCACCUCGGGUCUCUCGCGACAGCAUGAAGGCAGGCGAGGAUGCCAGAGGAGUGCGCAGCGAGAAGCCGAAGAAGCUAGGUCUCUGCGUCCUCUGCGGACUGCCCGCAGCAGGAAAGUCGACCUUCGCGCGUGCCCUCAGCCAUCGUCUACGGCAGGAGAGGAGCUGGGCCGUGGGCGUCGUCGCCUAUGAUGACGUCAUGCCAGACGCGUUCCAAGAGGAGGCGAGCGCUCGCCCAUUGCCAUCCCAGUGGAAAUCGCUUCGCCAGGAACUGUUGAAGUACCUUGAAUACUUCUUUCUGGCUGUCAUUAACGGGUGUCAGAUGUCUGCCCCACCCAGCAGGACUGAAGCCAUGUGGGAGGAUUUUCUAACCUGCUUGAAGGAUCAAGAUCUGAUAUCUUCUUCAGCACUUGAGGCCCAGUCUCACUAUCUCUUAACGAAGACUGCUGUUUCUAGACCUCUGCUUUUGAUUUUAGAUGACAACUUUUAUUACCAAAGUAUGAGAUAUGAAGUCUAUCAGCUGGCUCGGAAAUAUUCAUUAGGCUUUUGCCAGCUCUUUUUAGAGUGUUCUCUCGAGACCUGUCUACAGAGGAAUGGCCAGAGACCACUUCCAGUGCCUGCCGAGACCAUCCACCUGAUGGCAAGCAAGAUAGAAAAGCCCAACCCUGAGAAAAAUGCUUGGGAACACAACAGCCUCACAAUUCAGAGCCCAGCAAGUGCUUCAGAAGCCAGACUGAAAUUGACUGAUUUACUGCUUACUGCUUUGGAAAAUCCAGUAAAAUACGUGGAGGAGAAUGUGGAACAAAAGGAAACAGACAGAAUUAUUUGUUCAACUAACAUUCUUCAUCAAGCUGAUCAGACCCUCCGAAGAAUUGUCUCUCAGACAAUGAAGGAAGCGAAAGGUGAACAGGGGUUUCCGUACAACUUGAAACUUCUAGCCGAAGAACUUAACAAGCUCAAAGCAGAGUUUUUGGAAGACCUAAGACAAGGAAACAAAAAAUACCUGUGCUUUCAACAAACCAUGGACUUAUCAGAUGUUAUUUCUUUUUUUCAUUAUGAGAAAGAUAACAUUGUACAGAAGUAUUUUUCAAAGCAGCAUUAAAACUUGAUUUCCAAUCAAACCCAUUUUGAUUACGAUUUUGCAAACUAAUUUAAACAGUUCUGUAUUACUGGAUGUUUUCUAGGCCAAUGAUGUGAAUUGCCAAAGGGGGGAAAAAAAUCAAUCCAUUCUAAAAGAUCCAUUUGUCAUAACAGAAACUACUUCAGUCAGUCAUUGUCAGAUGCGGCAUGGAUAAUUAAGCAUCAGAGGAAGCCUUCCUCAUUUAUGUGCCAGAACAGUUGCGGGGGGGGGGGCAGGGGUCACACCUUAAAUAAAGAGAAGAAAUUAGGAAGGAGACAAGAUGCUCAUUAUGGAACUGUUUUUGCUUUUAACUCAUGCAACAUCUUCUCAUGGGUAAGGCACUCUACAAAUCCAAACCAAGG